AUGGUAUAUACCCACAGUGGUCAACAUUUGUCAAAACAAUUCCAUCUCCACAAGGAAAUAAGAGAAAGCAUUUUGCUGCAGCUCAAGUCGGCAAGGAAAGAUGUAGAACGUGCUUUUGUAGUUCUUCAAGCACGAUUUGCAAUUGUACGUGGACCUGCAUGUUCUUGGGAACGUGAAACACUUAAGAACAUUAUGAAGGCAUGCAUAAUACUGCAUAACAUGAUUGUUGAGGAUGAGCGAGAUGUUAAUGAAGCAGAAGACUACGACUAUGAACAAACCGAUGAAAAUCCCCAUGUAUCUGUUUCACAUGACCAAACAACUGAACUUAUGGAAUUCAUUCGACGCCAUCAUCGCAUUAGAGAUAGAGAAACUCAUUCUCAACUACAAUCGGACCUCGUCGAGCACUUGUGGAAACUACAUAGUCAAUCAUAG